AUGGUAGCUCUCGGAGUUCAUCACCAAAUUCAAUUCAAUUGCAAGCAAUAUAACUCUCCGCAGUACUAUAGAGCAGCUGCUUCGAUAUCGACUGUCAGCGCUGUCAGCGAUCCGGAUCCAUGGUGCUGGAACUCUCGGAUGUCUCCGCCCAUGGAGUGUCCUUAUAAACCUUGGGCCGCCAAUAUGAUCCCAUCCCCUCUACCAGCAGCCUUUCCUACUUGUCAAAGUUCAAAGGCCGUAGUCAACAGUCGAUCCACUCAACAAUCACUGGAGAGUCUCGGAGUUCAAUACGCUCUGAUGGGCGGUGCCGCAUGUGCCGCGUUAGGCUCUGGACGUGCUACAAGAGAUAUCGACCUGUGCAUCGUCGCCAAUUCUCAGUAUGAUGCUGACAGACUGUCUCAGCACUUGAGGACCCUUCCUCAAUUUACGGAGGUUGAUGAGGACGGCGUUGGGGUUCUCACUCCCGCUAUCCGACUCGUUGAUAACACUGUCGUUCCUAUCGAGAUCUUUGACUCGAGCACAUGGCCGGAGCGUCCUCAGUACCAAUACGUCGAGAGCGAUUCGAUCGAUCGCGUCCUUUCCAACGGCACUACCGUCUCUCUCUUCUCCGCCCCUUGGCAGCUUCGCGAGAAGAUCGCGGCUGCCCAGCAGCGCGGACAGCCGGGCAGCCUUAAAGCAAUGACGGAUAUUGCAGAUAUCAGGUUUCUCUGCUCAAUCAUUCCGUCGGACCAGCGUCAACAGGGCCUCCUCGAAUUCGCCGACCCGCAAUAUGUUGACGCAUUUCAGGGUUUUUUGCAGCGCCCUGACGUGGAUGACGGUCUUCGCCAACAGCUCUCCGAGAUAGUCUCUGUUGUGGAUAUUGAACUGCUUCCGGGGCCUAGUGGGACUGGAGGUGGCCCUAGCGGGAGUAGCGACGGCUCGCAUGGCGGAGGGGGGUAUCCCCACGACGAGCUUUGA